AGCUAGCUGUCAGAAAGUGAGUUCAUUCCCCGGACUCGAGAAGACGGUACGCCGUCGAAAGCGGGUAUCUGUUUGCUUACAUUUAGCGACAAGAAACGGUGAGACAGAGGAUAAAUCAUCGUAGCGAGCCCGGCCAUGGAUGAACAGGCCGGCCCCGGCGUGUUCUUCAACAACAAUAACAACUCGGUUUUACCCGGCGCUGGUAAAGGACCGCUGCCCGAUGGUGACGCAGGGGAGGCGGCUCGGGCGCAGUACAGUAUCCCGGGGAUCUUACACUUCCUGCAGCACGAAUGGGCCCGCUUCGAAGUCGAAAGGGCACAAUGGGACGUGGAGCGGGCCGAAUUACAGGCACAAAUUGCCUUCUUACAAGGAGAAAGGAAGGGCCAGGAAAAUCUGAAAAAAGAUCUUGUGCGGAGGAUCAAAAUGUUGGAGUAUGCGCUGAAGCAAGAGAGAGCAAAGUAUCAUAAGUUAAAAUACGGGACUGACUUAAAUCAAGGUGACAUGAAACCUCCAAGCUACGAUUCCGACGAUACGAAUGAGAAUGACACUUCUGGAUCGCUGAACAAUCAGCUGUCCUGGAAACAAGGCCGGCAGCUCCUCAGGCAGUACCUGCAGGAGGUGGGUUACACCGACACCAUCUUAGAUGUGAAGUCACAGCGUGUGCGAGCGCUGCUGGGCCUAGCUGGCGAUGGAAGUGGGAAGACGGUUGAACAUAUGAAUACGGAGCCUUUGGUAAAUGGAACAGACGCAUCAACAAAGGGAAUGGGGACUAGAGGGAAAGCUGAGCUGUCGUCUGACACAAGCGCUGUACUGGAGGCCUUCAAGUUCAUCGAGAAUGCGGCAGCUGAGUUCAGUGAUGACGAUGAUGAAGAGGACAGUGAGGGCAAGGACAGGACUAAUGUGGAGUCCAGAACGAUCAUUCGGAAGAAGCCAUCAUCGUCAACGCCGCCAGCCAGUAUGGACAUUAGUGAGGACCCAGACACAGAAGAUGCCCUUAAGGGCUUCGACUUCUUAUCAAGUCCCGACGAGAUGGACAUCUCACCAGAGUGUCGCGGCACAGGGGAUGGCACUGACUGGGACAAGGACGAGCACGGUCCCAUUUCUGAGGCCUGGGACGUGGACCCGGGCUUGAUAACCAAACUCAAGGAGCAGUACAGAAAGGAACGCAAGGGGAAAAAGGGGGUGAAGAGACCUAACCGGUCCAAGCUCCAGGACAUGCUGGCUAAUCUGAGAGAUGCUGAGGACGUGUCCCACAUGCAGCCUCCAUCCACCCCCCAAUCCCGAUCCAACGUGGUACGCUUCAAUGAGCUCGACGGCAACCGAGCAGAUGAAGUGGAGGCGCUGACCUUCCCGCCCACCUCAGGGAAGUCGUUCAUUAUGGGCUCCGAUGAGGCCAUGGAGAGUGAGCUGGGCCUGGGCGAGCUAGCCGGGCUCACUGUAGCCAACGAGGCUGACAGUCUGGCGUACGAUAUUGGCAACAACAAAGAUGCCAUGAGAAAAACCUGGAAUCCUAAAUUCACCCUGCGGAGCCAUUUUGAUGCCAUUCGAGCACUGGCCUUCCAUCCCGUGGAGCCCGUCUUGGUCACUGCCUCAGAGGAUCACACCCUCAAGAUGUGGAAUCUUCAAAAGACAACUCCAGCCAAAAAGAGUACCUCUUUAGAUGUGGAGCCAAUCUACACGUUCAGGGCCCACAGGGGUGCUGUGUUGAGUGUGGUCAUGAGCAGCUCUGGGGAGCAGUGUUUUAGCGGAGGGGUGGACGGCACCAUCCAAUGCUGGAACAUGCCCAAUCCCAACAUUGAUCCCUACGAUUCCUAUGACUCAACAGUGCUGCGUGGGGAGCUCUGUGGACACACAGACUCCAUUUGGGGCUUAGUGUACAGCAGUGCACAUCAGCGUCUCCUUUCCUGCUCGGCUGAUGGGACUGUGAGACUGUGGGAUGCCAACAGCACUUCACCAGCCCUCGCUGUUUUCAACGAAAAUAAGAAGAUGGGAGUUCCCUCCUCGGUGGACCUGGUGUGCAGUGAACCAGCUCACCUGGUCACGUCCUUCACGAGUGGGGAGAUUGGACUCUUCAACAUGGAAACUAGUCAGCUUGUCCUCAAUUUGGAGUCCAGUUCGGAGCAAGGUCCUCCUAUUCACAUCAACAAGAUCCUCAGCCACCCCACGCUACCCAUCACCAUCACAGCACAGGAGGACAGACACAUCAAGUUCUUUGACAACAACACUGGCAAACUGAUACACUCUAUGGUGGCCCACCUGGAUGCCGUCACCAGCUUAGCUGUGGACCCCAACGGACUGUAUCUGAUGUCGGGCAGUCACGACUGUUCCAUCCGCCUGUGGAACCUAGAGAGUAAAACCUGCAUUCAAGAGUUCACAGCUCACCGAAAGAAGUUCGAGGAGUCCAUUCAUGAUGUGGCUUUUCAUCCGUCAAAAUGCUACAUCGCCAGCGCCGGGGCAGACGCCCUCGCCAAGGUGUUCGUAUGACACAGUGCGGCGUCUCUCUCCGAAGCCCCCUCCACCGCCUCCGCCUCCACUGAUCAGGGACCAAUCGAGGCACAGGAGGGGAACCCGACCUUCAGGCACUGGUCCAAGCCCACCCCCUACCGCCCACUGGUUUUCUAUCGGUCCGGCAGACACUGUAGCUGCUAACAGGCCGGGGAUCUCCACGUGCAGGUCGGGCUGGGAGAACUGUCCUCCUCCCCCUCUCAUCUAACAUCCAGGCAGGCCUGGAUGUGACCGCUCACAGCGCCCUACACCAACUCAGACUUCACCUCCACAGCCAGGAGGCUCAGGACAAGUGUGAGGAGUCAAAAAACACGGUUCCGAGACGCAUUUUUGCCCCGCGACGUCAGCCCGCAUCCCUCAGGCCCUCUCCUCCCCAUCUAACGGUCACCACAAGAUCAGGUUUUGUGUUGUCGGUCAAGAUUCACUUCUCCUUCGCUUCCUGGACUGACUGACUCCGCUUGCUGGCCUGCCUUGAUUUUCCUUUUUAAAACACUUGUUGACAAAUGUGCCUUUGCUUUAAAAGGCCUUGGAAAUGUUAUUUUAACAAGGUUGUUUUGGGGGAGUGGGGAGGGAGGAACCGGCAGAGAAAUGGAUCUGGUUGUCACAGUGUUGCUGAUUUUAACAUUGGAUGUAAAAUGACAAAUGCUUAUAAUAAACAAAAUAUAUAUUCAGUCUUAAAAUUAACUGUGUAGUGUGAAUUUGAGUGCUCCUUUUUGAUAAAUGUAUUUGGGGAAUCAGUUUUGCGCUUUUCCAGGCAAAGCUGGUAGUGUGAGGCAGAGCAGAUACAUUAUAUGGUCUGUUUGUUAGAUUCUUGUACAAUUGACGAGUAAGAUUAACGUGCAAAUAUUUGUGUCUAAGGUAAACCAUUUUGGUUAUACUCUUACAAUUCAAAGUUGGUUAUUGGUGUCCAUUUUAGGAGUAACUAAUUGAUUUUGGCCAGUUUGCUCUUGUUCCAAUUGAAUGGCUUGUACUGUUUGUAGUCCCUUCUCCCCACCGGACAUGCUUUAUUACGACGUGAUGUGUCAUGUCCGCUUAUUGACAGUAGUCCAGUGUUUAGCAGGAACCUAGUGCAGUACUUUUAGGAUUCUUUGACAUACGGUAACACGUUCACCAUCUAACACAGAGUGAGGUGACAUUUCCUGCAACUUCUAAUCCUACUGUAAAAAUGUGAGGAGACGUUCCUAGGUUUUGAAUCAAAUGAUCGGAGAGUGCAGCAUCCAAUGAGCCAUUUUCUCAUUCACUGGUUUGUAAAUCAAAGCAAUGUUCCAAAAUAAAACCUGCUGUAAACUAUUA